ACUGUAUUAUCGAUAAGAAGAAACAAACAAUAUGGAAGCCACUCGCAAAAUAAAAUUUAUUUAUUCUAAAAAUAAUCAAUCAAACAUAAUACAAUUAUUUUUGACAUACGAUUUAUAACAAUUAUUUAAUAAGUUUAUGGCAGUAUACAGUAUAUUUUGUUUAUAAUAAAAACACAAUAAAUAAUUGAUUAUUUCAAAGAUACAUGAUCAAUGUUAGACGAAUGGUAUUGUCGUUCAAUAGCAAAUAACAAUGCAGAUAUGGAAGACGAUGAGGAUGACAGCCCUGAUGAAGAAAUGCCAAAUUACAAAGAUCAAUAUCGUAAUUUAAAAAGAAAGCUUAAAUUUUUAAUUUAUGAAAAUGAAUGUUUUCAAGAAGCAUUACGUUCAACACAACGAAAAUUAUUAAAAGUAAAUCGUGAUAAAAGUUUUUUACUUGAUCGUUUAUUACAAUAUGAAAAAGUUGAUAAUUCAUUUAGUGAAAGUGAUGUUACUGAAUCAUCAGAGGAUGAAAAUCCACGUAUUGAACCAGUGAAAAAGAAAAAAUUAGAUAAUACAUUAAAUCAUAAUAAUAUGAAUAAUAGUACAUCACAAAUUGUAUCAACAAUGCCAAUAACUCCAACAACAACAGCAAUAACAUCAACACCACAAUUACCACCACCACCAACAACAACAACAACGACAGCAAUAACAACUGCAAUAAUACCAACAAUAAAACCAAUAAGUACAAGUAAAAAGAAAAAAAUAACAACACCAAAACAACCAAAAGUACAAAAUAUUAAUCCACCAAUACAAACAAAUAAUAUUAGUUCAAUGGUAACAAUGAUGUCUGAUGGUCAUAUGACACCUGAAGAAGUUGAAAGACAUUUAGAAUCACGACAAACAUAUCUGGAACUUGUACCAGAAAAAGCACCACCAACAGUACCAACUGAAAUGUUUAGUAAUGAUCCAUCUCUUGAUAGUGAAUCAAAUGAUAUUGGAGAACUUGAAGCAUCACCAAGUCAUUUAGGUGAUGAUUGUUUGAGUGUUGACAUGAUGGCUGAAUAAUAAGAAAUUCAUAUAUUUUUUUUU